UUUGAGAUCGCCAUGGCGCCGCGCACGGAGCGGAACGUGAACGUGCUGUUCACGCCGAACGAGGUGCACACGUACCGGGACUCCGUGGUCAUCCGGCCCUCCACGCAGCACCGCAGCCUCAACAGUGCCAUGAUCCCGCUGAGCGGCUACGCCGGCGCGUCGGACGUGCAGAUACAGGCGAACGGGCGCGACGCGGCCGGCCGGCCCGUGCCUGAGCCUGAGCGCCACGGCCGGCGACGGCUCGCGGUUGGCCGGCUUCGCCAUCGCCAACGUGGGCCGCCGCGCCGCCUACGUGAAGCUGCUCGUGUUCGCAGACGCCGGCUGCAGCCGCCCGCUGGCGUCGCACCAGGCGGCCGUCCACCCGGGCCAGCUGGUGCUGAGGCGGUCUUCGAAGGCGAGCAGCCCGGCGCCCUGGAGGGCAUGCCGCUGGGGAUCCCCGUCUCCAAAGUGCAGGAGGUGUUCUUCGCCAACAUGAAGCAGACCAAGCUCCCGCUCAUGCACAUGGAGGAGCUGGUCGGCGGCGUGCCCCAGUCGAGAAAUGGCGCCUACACGGCUGCUGGUCACGCGAUAAUUCAGGAGCACGUGCCUCGGCAAACGGUUCCGCUGGAGCUGACCAAGCGCGGCGCGUCGCCGGCCGGCGGCGCGGCCGGUGUGCGGCCGCCGGCGCCGCGGCCGCCGCCGGUCGCCGCCGACGCCGGCUGGUGGCCGCAGCCGCCGGGCGUGGAGCAGCUGGUGACAGACAACGGCCAGGCCAAGCUGCGUCUCUCCACCAACCAUCUGAUGUUCCCGCGAACGUCGCUGGGCGUGCCGCGCGCGCUGGCGCUGCAGCUGACCAACCUCGGCGACGACGUGCUCAAGUGGAACAUCUUCGGCUACAGUGUGCCCUACUUGGUCACGGGGGUCAACGCCAUGGUCAAGUGCGGCUACGACGUGUUCAAGAUGCGGCCGCAGGACGGCCUGGUGAAGCCGGGCCAGACGGCGGUGCUGCAGGUGACCUUCAGCCCGCCCUACCCCGGCCAGCUGACGCAGCUCUUCCAGAUGCUCUGCAAGCCGGCCAAGGACAUGCCGGGGAUGCCGAUGGUGGUGUACACGCUGCCGGUGCAGGUGUCAGGCCGCGGCAGUGUGCUGAACGAGGGCGAGGACGAGUCUGACCUGCUGGCGGCGCCGCUGCACGUGUCCGAGGACUACCUCUUCUUCCGACACUGGUCCAUCUGCCACAAGCUCGAGGUCACCAACAAGACGCGCGAAAACAUGAACGUGGAGUACUGCGUGACGGGACCGUUCAAGGUAGUGGCCGGCCCCAACGAGCACAGUCUGACCGACCACACGGAGGGCACCAUGCUGGCGCCGUCGCAGCGCUACGUCCAGAUGUCCGUCUACUUCUGCCCCAAGCUGGCCGGCUCGUUCUCGGGACAGCUGAGGCUGUCGCUGAAGAACUCGACGUGGCGCCACGCCGUGCGGCUGGAGGGCACGUGUGAGGACGUGGACGCGCUGCUACAGUCGCUGCUGCCCGGUGACCCGUAA